ACCAAAACAAAACACACCACAAUAAUUUCGCUCGUUGCCAAGAAGAACAAGUACAACAACAACAAGACGACGAUGGCAUCGACGGUGCUGCCUCCGUUGCUGGUGCCACACGUCUGCGCCGUGCUGCAGGAUGCGGUUGAUCAGCUGGCUGUUCUGGGAGGACUGAUGCCGGCGAAGCACAAUGAGGGCGGUGGGUUCAUGGACACCAUCGCCGGCGAAGAGAUUACGCGCAUCAUCGAGGAACAGCGCGGAUUGGAGGCAGAAUACGACCAGCUGCUGGCAGAACGAGCGGAACUGGAGGAAGACGAGGACUUGCAGGCGCUCGAAGAAAACGAGAAGGCCUUGCGAGAGAUUGCACAGCGGCUGAAGUUGAGUACCACGCUUCUGUGCAAGAACUUGAAGAGCAAACCCAACUCGCUCGACAACGUCAUGAAGAUCCACAACGACCGCAAGUUUGUGUUGGAUGUACUUGACUCGACCAUCGACAACCUGGUGCACCACAACAGCUACGAGGUGCUGGUGGACCAGGUGGAACAGGAGCGCGAGGAGAACAACGCCAUCACAGAAGUCAUCCAGAAGGAGAGGAAGAGCCGCGAGAUGGUGAAGCAGCUCAAGGCCGAGAUCCAGCGCGUCAAAGACCAGAAGGAACACGACAUCCAAGAACGCAAUGAGCUCAUUGCUCAGCUCAAGGACCAGCGCCAAGAAGCGAGGGUCCGCACGCAAAUGGAAACGGACUACAUUGAGCGAUCAGCACAGGUCUCCGUGCAAAUGGCAAACAAGCGCAAGCAGAUGAGCAAAUCGGAGGUGGAGGAGCGGAUUGCGGCGAUUAAGCAGCAGAUGGAGGAGGAAAAACGCGUCCACGCCGAGCUCGAGACGUUUCUCAAGCGCUCCCACGCUAAACUCGCAGCACAGCUGGACGAGUGGAGCGAGAAGUUUGACCAGGACAACGAGGCGAAGCAGCAGGAGCUGGAGAAGCUGCGCGAUAAGCGCGCACAGGAUCUGGCAAAGCUGCAAGACCUUACAGAGACAUACAACGAAUACGACCGUGUCAUCGCGCAGGAUCGCAAGAAGAAGCUCAAGCUCCAGGAAGACGCCCAGCGGUCUGUGCGGGAGCUUGCUGCUGCAAUUCGACUGCAGGCGUGGUGGCGCGGUAUUCUCGUGCGCCACAAGCUCGGCCCACACAAGGACAAGAAGGCGAAGAAAGGGAAGAAGAGCGGAAAGAAGAAGAAGAAGAAGUAGCUGGCCUGCGCGCGCGUGUUGUUGGUGAUGUUGGUGAUGUUGGUGAUGUUGACACAUAUCUCUGCUUGUGUUGCAAGUGUUGUUUCGUGUCAUCAUGAACGUUGUAACUGGCGA